UUUUGCGUUGGAACUCGCACUUAUUUGUCAUCGUAUCGUGAUAUUAUCAAAUAAAAAUUAUAAUUUCAUUAAAAACAUCGCUCCAAUAAGUCCAUAUGUUUACAAUUAGACGUCGAAACUCUCGAAAACGACUUUGGAAAUUGCUACCGACGUAAAAAAGUUAAAAGAUUUUAGUUCAAUUUAGGAAAAAUGUCGAAGAUUAAGAAGUUGACGGGCUCGUUUCGCUAUACCCAGUGGGAUCCUUGCUUGAUUGUCUCGCAGAUAGUGGCUAUGCAGUCCGUACUGUACUGCUCGUUAUGUCUCAUCAUCGCCCUCAUGCAAGAUUUGACAGGAUCUACCAGAACCUUGGACCAUAUCUUCGAAUAUCAUGAGAUACACAUACGUGACAGUGAGGGUCGCUCGGUCAUUUUUGCAUUUGUCGUGAAUGCAAUUAUUGGAGCCUUCGUGCUGUGGAUGAUUGUCGGCAGGACUAAACUGUGCUUGGAUUUUAGUUGCACAUACCACGGUCUCCAUCUCAUCGCUUGCUGGAUGUACAACGGUACAUUCCCAACGACAUUCUCUUGGUGGGCGCUCAGCGUAUCCUGUGCCUGCAUCACCUGUGUGGCCGGAGAGUUCCUCUGCCUCCGCACCGAGCUGCAAGCGAUACCACUCAGUAAUAUAGGAGCCAAAGUAGAUUUAUGAAACUUGUUCGGUGUGGAUAGUUAUUGAAGUCUGAUGAUUGGAUGGACUAAUUCUAUUUAUGAACUGAGAUGUAUUAAAGUAAGCGUCCAUAGGCCCGCAUCGUACGCAUCGCACGCAUUCCGUAUGACGUCAUCAGUACGCGUCGUAUGUAGGCAUUGCUGAUAUGAAGCGGUCCGUACGAUGUGUAUCAGUGGACACAGUUGUAUGAGAUUCUAAAAGACAAACUAUAAUCCGUGCGUGCAAUGUGUACGAUGCGGGCCUGUGGACGCUUACCUUAAACUACCGGCUUUGUCCGAUUUUCAUUUUUUCUCGUAAGACCACAAAAAGAAUUUGAGAAAUCGUAGGUACCAACAGCAGUUGAUGCGAUGAUUAAGAAAAAUUGGUAUUGAACUUAAUGUACCUAUGUAUAAAAAAUAUGUAAGUACUGUAUAAUAUUUUUUUAGUUUAUAAAAUACAUGAGGCUUAUAUACAGAGUGACCCAAAACUCAACGAUGAAUUUUAAGCCUUCUGGCUCUGGAAAGGAAAAAAAAACCUGUUUUUGAAAAAGUUACAGAUGAAAAACCGAUCACUACAUUUUCCACAUCGUUAUAAGAAGGGUUAGGACUCCCUGUAGACUCCUUAUAACUGAUCAGUCUGGACUGAAAUUCUUAAACAUUCAUUAAAUAAGUUUUAACAUUUCCAUUGGCCUGUUUUAUCCAAGUAAAAAAAAAAAUAUUUUACAAUAAAAAUAAAAUUGUAUUUUUUGUUAAUCUGAAUUAAAAUAAUAUUAUCAUCAUUUAAAAUGUGUAUAUUUUUGACAUUGUAACACAAAUAAAUAACCUUAUUUUGACUGAGAGAACUUCCCAAAUUGUUGAGAGUAAACUAUGUAUGUAUGUGAAUUGUAAAUAAUGAACGAUGUAAUACAUAACUGCGUUGUAAUAAGUGUAAAUAAAUAAUUUCUAACUUAUAA